GAGCAAGUGGCGCUUCAAAAGAGACGAGGGGAGACAUGUCGACCGCCCAACCUGCUCUGUUCAACAUCUUCACUUUUAGCUUCCUUCGACGUAUUUGCGGAUUACAGUUCAACGAUGACGGUUUAUUACGAACAGAUGAUGUGUGACGAUAAACUCUCCACAGAGUCUUUGGCACUUGGACUCUCCAGGGGGAUUUGCUGAAGAGGCUGAUAUAGAAUGAUGAGAUGAUGAAACUGAUGAAGACUUGGCGUAGACGGGGAGGUGGAGGGGUCACGGCCACAGGAAUUAGUACAAUUUAGAAAGAGAGUCAUAUUUAAAGGAGACAGCAGGACGACAGGCGAACGAUGCCAUUGUUCCGUUGUCUCACUGGACAGAGGAGACCUGCUGACGUCAUGACGGACAUACCCGAGAAAUGACAGCAAAAAUCAUUGAAAAGGGUCAGGGACCUCCUCCUAUGGAAAUGCCAGCACCCGCGUACCCCGGUUACCCCCCAGGCUACAACACGGGAGUGUACCAAACUCAGCCUGCCCCCAUUCCACCGCCGGCUUACGUGGUCACCACACAGCAAACUCAGGUUGUACAACCUCAGGUUGUAGUACAACCUGUUGUAGUACAACCUCAGGUUGUAGUACAACCUGUUGUACAACCUCAGGUUGUAGUACAACCUGUUGUAGUACAACCUCAGGUUGUAGUACAACCUCAGGUUGUAGUACAACCUCAGGUUGUUGUACAACCUCAGGUUGUACAACCUCAGAUUGUACACCAAGUGAACCAGGUGGUGGUGGCGCAGAGGUUGCCGUCGGAUGCUCCGGGUCACAUGACGUGUACUCACUGCGGGAACACCGUGGUCACUCACGUCGAGCACACGAGUGGUCUGCUCACCUGGCUGAUCUGUGGCACACUGGGAUUAUUCAUGUUAUGGCCUUUCUGUUUGAUCCCCUUCUGUGUGGAUUCUUGCCAGGAUGUAAAGCAUACAUGCCCGAUCUGUAACAACGUCCUGCACAUCCAUAAACGCAUGUGAACCCACCCUAGAGUUUACUCUGCUGAAGGGACAACCGAUAAACAUCUGGACAGGAGCCGGACCUCCUCAUGCACCGUCAUCAUGACCCGUGUGCUCACUACAAUGACCUGCAUUAUUACUCUGUUCUGGACUUUAAUGUGUCGAUCACAGAAGAGAUGUGUUUUGUUCAUAUAUCCUAUCUGCUAAAAUGUGCAAUGUCACAUGAAUAUGUGAAAACUCUGAUCUGAAUGCAUCAUUUCUUAUUUUAACCUGAGUGAACUCGUCUGGGUGUUUAAUUCAAACAACAAUGUAGGAUGUUGUUGUUUUUUUACUUAAAAUAAAUGUGUCCAGUGUAUUAUUUUCUGUUUUUAAGGCUGCAGAUAGUUAUUUGGCAUACUGUGUACAUUUUUAGAGCAUGUUGAAUGUUUUUAGUUUUUUUCACGUCAUCUCUUUGAUAUACUGACAAAAAGAUAUGUUAUUAUUGAAGAUAUAUUUCAACAUGAACAUUAUCAGACGUUGGAAGCCCAAAAUCUUUGUUUAAAAGCAAAAAGUUUCAGUCUUUUAAAAACAUUUCCUAAAACACUGACAUAAUAAAUUAUGGGAACAGCUAUUACAUAACUCUAAUAGCAUAAUCAAAGAAAUUUAGGCUGUUUAUUGAUUAAACUCACAAUUAUAACCAAACUCACUGCUUGUAUCUUAAAAUGAUUUAAAUGAAUAAAUCACCAUGGAAAUGCA